UGCCCUCUGUUCCUCUUUCGGCACAAAUCCACUAGAAAUGGAAAGCUACGUAGCCGGAUAACUUUUGUGUUGUUUUAUUUAUUGAAUAAACCCACUUGAUGUCGAAGAUAUGGAAUCCAAAAUAAAAUAACAGUGCACAACUUUUAUUUACAUUACUGCAGGGCUCCAUCACGUAGAAGCGGCCACCACCGAAAUGACCAACCUGAACUGGAAACCGUUCAUCUACGGAGGGAUGGCCUCUAUUGUCGCAGAAUUCGGUACAUUCCCCAUAGACCUGACUAAGACGCGGCUGCAGGUGCAGGGCCAGUCCCAGUACAUGGAGGUGCGCUACCGGGGCAUGUUCCACGCCCUGUUCAAGAUCGGCAAGGAGGAGGGCAUCAAGGCACUGUACUCUGGCAUCUCCCCAGCUCUCCUGAGGCAAGCCUCCUACGGGACCAUCAAGAUUGGGACAUACAACACACUGAAGAGGUUAUUUGUGACCCAUCCGGAAGAUGAGACCAUGGUGAUCAAUGUGUUCUGUGGAGUGGUGUCUGGAGUCUUGUCCUCCUCUCUGGCCAACCCCACUGAUGUCGUCAAGAUCCGUAUGCAGGCACAGGGCAGUCUGUUACAAGGCAGUAUGAUGUCCAACUUCAUUAGCAUCUACCAGACAGAGGGAACCCGUGGCCUGUGGAGGGGCGUCAUCCCUACAGCUCAGCGGGCAGCCAUCGUAGUGGGAGUGGAGCUUCCUGUCUAUGACAUCACUAAGAAGCACCUCAUCAAGUCUGGCACCAUGGGAGACACCAUACUCACACACUUUAUUUCCAGUUUUAUGUGUGGCCUGGCGGGGGCGCUAGCCUCCAACCCAGUGGACGUAGUGCGGACACGUAUGAUGAACCAGCGAGUGCUGUCAGGGAACCCCAUGUAUAAAGGCACGCUGGACGGAGUAAUGCAGACAUGGAAGAACGAGGGAUUCUUUGCCCUCUACAAGGGCUUCUGGCCCAACUGGCUGCGGCUGGGGCCAUGGAACAUCAUUUUCUUCAUCACGUUCGAGCAGCUGAAGAAACUCAACUUGUAGUUGGAACAGGAAGUGGACACUCCGUCGGAUUAGAUGCAGGGAUGGGCAACUCCAGUCCUCAGAGGCCGGAGUGUUGUCCCACUUUUUCCCCAUCCCUAGAAAAUACAACUGAUUAAGGCCAGGCACCAUACAUACCCUAUUGGGGAUUUAAAAAAAAAAUCUUAAUCAUAUAACAAUCAACUUUUCCUAGUUGAAUGUAGACAAAGUUUUGUAUAAAUGUUUGAAAUAUUAAUAUAAGUAUACAUAUUUGCAUACCAUACAAAUUCAUUUUUUAUAGAUGCUGGAUGAAUUCUGCCUAAACGUUUGUUUCAGUUUAAGACACUCCAGGACCGGACUUGUCCAGAGCAGAUUCUGGAUAAACUUUUUAUCUUUAAAAUACUGAAGACUUGUAUAAUAAAACAUUUUAAAAAAUGUUAUCGAGAAUUUUAAAAAGUUACAUCAACAAUUCCCCCUGGGCAAGUCUGGAGAAUGUAUCUAAGGAUAACUACACACAAUUCAAAAGCAGAUGCUUCUGAAGCUGAGAAAAACAGGUUGGCGUUGUGGUGCCUGGCCUUAAACUGAAGAUCAUGAUUAGUUGAUUAUUGGAGUCCAGUGUGUUAGCUUGGGCUAAAGUGUGACAACAAUCAGGCCACCGAGGACUGGAGUUGCCCAUUACUGGUCUAUAGUGUGUUGGAGAGCGGGAAACCUCACAACACCCCAGCCCACGUGUCAAACUCAUUCCAUGGAGGGCCGAGUGUCCAGGUUUUCGCUUCUCCCUUGUACUUGAUUGAUGAAUUAAGGUCACUAAUUAGUAAAGAACUCCUCACACCUGGUUGUGUAGGUCUUAUUUGAAAGGAAAAAACAAAAACCACUAGGCCAGAGUUAUUCAACUCUUACUCUACGAGCCUGCUGGUUUUCUGUUCUACCUGAUAAUUAAUUGCACACACCUGGUAUCUCAGGUCUAAAUCAGUCCCUGAUUAGAGGGGAACAAUGAAAAAUGCAGUGGAACUGGCUUUGAGGUCUAGAGUUGAGUUUGAAAACACUAGGCCCUGCAUGGAAUGAGUUUGACGCCUCAGCCCUUCGUCCUUGUUACAUUCACAAUCCCUCCCUCUGUCACACAAUCUAUAUGUCUGUGCAUGCUCAUCUAAGUGUUAUUUUAGUUUUAUUUGAACUUUUAAUAAUAUUGAUAGUAUAAAAAAACAAACGUUUAAAGUUAUUAGUUGUAUUAUGUUUUUUAAAACACUUCGUCAUACCCCUCAACCACCCUUGAGGCCUCUCCUGGCAGCUAAACAUUAGGUUGUAGCUGAGGAUGGAAGCCUGUUUGGGCCAAUAGGUAUUAGCUAGGUACGUUGCCUGCCAGCUUGCUACCUUCUUAGUGAGGAGGAGGACUAUCCUGGGUGGAAUGGGAACUGGAUAUCUACUUGAGCUUAUUUAGAGAGAUGUGGAAUGGGCCUCUGAUUGUGUCUGACCUUUAACCGCAUCUCUGCUCUGCAUGGGACAUGCAGGAAAAAGACAAAGGUUUUGUGUAAUUUCAGCCAGAAAGUAGUGCUCACGAGCCAAAACUGGUUCUGAAAAUUGUGCACAGUUGUGUACGUCAACUAUUUUGUACAUGUUCCGUCCUGAAAUUUAAAAAAAUAAAUAAAUCUUCCUACAAUUCGUAUGAUAUGUUACGUAUUCCAAUUCGUACAAUAUGUUACAAAUGUAAAGAUCUGGUUCAAUCUCUUUAAAUGUUUAGAAUUGUAGUUUUGCCUGUCUGAUCUGACAUUUGAAUAAUCUAUUCACUUGUUUUGGGCAACAGCUAGCAGAGGAUGCAGAGGGUAUUUAUUGUCAAAUCAUUUAUUCUCAAUGACUUACCUUUUUAAUAAAAGGUUACAAUAGAUUAUGUUAGAGGAACUCAGGACAAAGCUGGGACUGUAUCUGUAUGGCCAAUAAGAUGGGAUUGGGGACUCUUUUGUCAUUACUUGAAUGCAGUCUGUUGUUGAGCCAAAGCCACCAGUUGUUCCCCGAAGAGUGACUGCUUUCUGUGCAUGUCACUACAAACCCCCCCGAAUACCUGAUAAGUUGUUGGCGCAUGCACAAAUUCUACUGUAAAAAACAUGUCACUUUUCGUCAGAAGGUAGUAGAACUAUUGAAAGGUUUUAGAUGAUGUUAUUUUCCUUUGCCCUCUCCAAGUCCACUGACCUCUGUGUGAAACAGAGUUAUGUUUUUUCUUGCCCGGAACAGGCAUUGCAGUGGAAGCAAUUAGGACAUUUCUUGGACCUGCCUGGUUGUCAUGGUGAUUCCCAUAAAAGUACAUUAUGUACAGAGAGACACACAUGUAAAGGUGGAUACACCAUAUUGUGACAGGCAUGUCUAGCUUGUACAUAAAGCUACUUCAGAGUACUUGCUUUUUGUUUCUAUUUUGAGGUUUGCGUAAAGCCCUGAAUAGAAAUGGCCUGUAGUACUAGGAUAUGGUGGCCGUAGUGCCAAAGUGUGCAUGUACUGUACUGCACCGCUGUUGUAAAGCUCUGUCCCUGAAUAGGUCUGAACUGCACUGUUACAUACUUACUCAAGCCUUACACUUUACUUUCAUAAUAAUGUUUCUAAUUUCUAUGAUGCCUCUUUCUGUGCCUCUGCCUCAUGUCCCAUGGUCAUGUUGAGUUGUGUUUUUAUUAGAAUGACAAGUUUUGUUGUAGCAUUUCCAGAUCAUGUAUAUGGAUGUUAGGUGUGAGAGAUGUGGGUGUUAUGUACUGUGUAAUUAAUUGAAACCAACGUCCUGUUUUCUUUAGGUUAGAUUUUUACAGAUCAUGCUUACGGGUGGCAGAUGGCCUAGCGUUUAGAGUGUUCGGUCAGUGACCGAAAGGUUGCUAGUUCAAAGCCCUGAGCCAACAAGUUGAAAAAUGUGUCUGUGACCUUGAGCAAGGAACUUAGCCCUAAUUGCUCCAUGAUCGCCGUUGAUAAUGGCCGACCCUGGCCGUGACUCCACUCUCCAAGGGUGUCUGAGGGGGAGUUGGGAGAUGGAAAAAAAAACAAAAAAAACAAUCACAAAUGCGUAUGAAUACAAACUUGUACAUGUGUGAAAUAGGACAAUUAUAAGCAUUCAUUUGUUGUUUCAGCAGUCAUAUUUUAAUAAGCCGUCCUUUGAGCUUUUUCAGCUUUACCAUGAUGAUGUGUCUUUACCAUGAUGAUGUGUCUUUACCAUGAUGAUGUAAUACUUUUUUCCCACAGAGAAUAUUGUGUGGGUUUCUUUCCUUUUAAACACAUCCAUUGUUUGUGUGGAAGAGACUAUUAUAUUGGCUAAUAUAUUUAGUCAGAUUUAUU